GUUGCGAUCCUGGGAGGAAGCUCUGGCGCGGGCAGCCGAGGAGCAGAGGGAGCAAGAGGAGCAUCUGAGGAGGCGUGAGCAGGAGUUAGCCGAGAGGGAGAUCGACAUUGUGGAGAGAGAGCUCAACAUCAUCAUCCAUCAGAUGUAUCAAGAGAAACCACAUGUGAAAAAACGCAAAGGCCACUUCAAAAAGAGCAGACUGCUCAAACUUGGCAGGGACAGCAACUGCAUCAGUCUGCCAUCUGGUUUUGAACAUAAGAUCACGGUGCAAGCGUCACCCAGCGUGGACAAGAGGAAAGGUCAGGGUAGUGAAAGCACCACUCCUCCAGCCAGCCCAGGGGUCAUGCCUCGCCUCAGAGCCAUACGCCUGACGCCCAGUGAUGGAAGGAAGACGUGGGGCCGGACGGCAGUGUGUAAGAAAGAAGACCUAGGGACCAAGAAGAAGGGCCGAACAUGGGGGCCCAGCUCCACACAUCAGCGCGAGAGAGUCGGUGGAGAGGACAAGUUAAAGUCACUUGGCGAGGGUAAGGUGUUGUCCUCCAGUGCUCCAAAUCUGGGGAAGUCCCCAAAACAUGCUCCUAUGACAGCUGGAUUCUCAAGCCUAAAUGAAAUGGAGGAGCACUGUGAGUUUGAUGACAGUUCCCCAGGACGUCUGGCUCCUGAGCUGGGCAGUAAUGGAGCGAUGGAGGAGGUGGGUUUAGGGUCAGCGGGUGUAGGGCCGGGAACAGGCUCACAGGAUUCAGUUCGGCGCUGCAGCCAGAGGAAAAAAAGUGACCUGCUGCUGCUGGGCUGUACCUCCAUACUGGCCGCUGUGGGCCUGGGCUCUGACAUCUUCCAGCUGGGACGACAGCAGAUGAGUCAAGAUGAGCAGGACCUGCGAGAGGAGCAGAGGAAGAAGAAGGAGGGUUUGUUUCAGUGCACGGGCCGAUUCAGACGCAGCACCUCUCCACCCAGCCGCACACUGUCACUCUCCCUGUCCCACAACCGCCAUCAGGACUCCAGCCUGCCCCGCAUGGACCCGUCUCCUUCCGUUACCCUCCUCUCUUUGUCCUACCUCUCUGACUGCAACUCCACCAAGUCCCUGUUGCCCUCUGAUCCUGAUGACUUUGCCCCGAACCCUAGUAGUGCUCACCCGGUGGUCUCUCCCGCGGUGUCAUUAAACCCUCUGCUGGACCUGAGGGCGGAGAGCUUCAAACGAGAGCCCAAUCAGUCCCUCACACCCACCCAUGUCUCUGCAGCUAUGGCAUUAAACCGCGGGCACCGCCGCACACCCUCUGAUGGGGCCAUCCGUCCUCGAGCGCAGACGGUCAUUGGGCAUCGGCGCACCCCCUCUGAUGGGAGUAUGCCCUUCCCACCCGCACAAGCCCCAACCAUUACACCAUAUACAGGUUCUCAUGAAACUCUUGACAUUCCACGCCUGCCUGACCCAUCCAUGGUCUAUCCCUCAGCCAAUCGGCGCAAACCUCCUCCUCCCAUCCCCAUCCCCGUGCCAGAGCCAGACAGCCAAACAGGCACACUUGAGCGUCCCAAAACCCUUGAGUUCGCGCCUCGCCCCCGACCCACCCCAGCUCGGGCACGUCCGGACCCCUGGAAACUAUCAUCUCUGUCCCAGACGCUCAGUUCGUCUCCAGGUAGCAGCUGCGACAGUCCACUGGGCUCAAGUGACAGCGGAGUGAGCGCUGGAGCGGGUGUUGUCCAUAAAAACCUUCUCGACAUGGACAUGGAAGGCCAGAGCCAGGACAACACCGUCCCCCUGUGCGGACAACACCAAAAGGCCACUCUAUGCGGACAACAUUUCUCAUAGAAAGACUUCUGUCCCCCACCGUCCGGGCUGAUGCACACUGAACCAGCACUCUGUGGCCGUCAUAAGAGGUUUCCCCACAGUUUGCCCCGUGAUCCCAUCAGACCAUGCUCUCUGGCAGCUCUAAUGGAAAAGCUGCCCUCUGCAGUAGCUAGACAGCCGCCUUCUGGACAGGUUAAGAGAUAAAUGACCUUGAUUUGUUUAUCUCAGCCUGUCCUCAAUGACUCAUUCUCUGCGUGUUUAAUGGGCCUCAUAAUGGCUGCGAUCGGUUGGUUAAACAGUGGCCUGUAGUGAGCAGGAGAGGGCAGUCUAACUACUGUAGGUCUGUGACCUUCCUUGUUUGUCCAUAUCUCUGUUAUCAUAGGGCCAGUCUCUCUCGCCUCUUCUUCUUCAUCAUGGUCUCCAUGGGUACAACCUGUUUUUUGGCCUGGAAAAAAAACGCCAUUUUUUCCCCCUCCAGUGUGUACAUUAUAAAGUUCAGCGAUGCUUUCUGUGUUUACAUUCAGGAGAAUUGUGUAUGCAGUUAAUUGCAAUGACACAGGGAGCUCUUUUGCGAGUUGCAUUCAUUGUAAUAUAUUGAUACAAUAUAAAAAUAGGUGUACCACAAGAAUUUUAUAUUUUUCUUUUUUUGAAAAUAACAAACAAAAAAAACAGACUACAUCUCAAACUACUCUCUGCAUGACCUAAUCAGAAUGUGAGAGCAGUCCAAACGUGAAAAGAAACAUGAGCAGAUGCUUUCUCUCCAUGUGUGGAAGUACUUGGCACUUUCCAAGGAUAGGGUACACUUUUUUUUUAAAGCAUUAGAGGCAUAAAUCUCAUGUUUUUGGUCACGAAAAGCAGCUAAUUAAAAAAAAAAAGAAAACUUCAGAUGUUUGUAUUCCACUUAAAAUGGGAAUUUUGGCCCUUCCCACCUCAGAAGCCUCGAACUUUUGGAUGUAUCCAACAAAUAUAAUGCUAAAUUAUACAUAUACACAUUAUAUAUAUAUAUAUCCUAUAUAUGUAUAUUCUAUUUAUCUGUCUCACAUUUUGUGUACAACCCUGCAUGAUGUAAUACACAUUUCACAAGCCAAAAAUUUAAUUGCAUGUUCUCAAAUUAAAUUUGACCAGCUCAACUUUCAACUGUUACCUUUGGUAUUAAAGAAAAAAUAAUAUUUGUCUUUAAUUUAUGGGAGAUAAGUGCAUGGGAAGUAACUACAACUCACCGUAUCUGCCCCUAUUGAUAGCCCCAUUAGCAACACUUUUUUCUUCUUUUUUAUUUUUUUAUAUAUUUUGUCUAGUUAUUUAGCUGUUUAUUGCAAGGAAAAAUAACAAAAUUAAAUGAACCAGGUAAACUCUAUAUAAACCCUAUUUAGUGAUUCU